AUGAGCUUUGCAGACUACGCAUCCACUGGGACGAUUCCCGUAGCAGCUGGUCACAAUGUCUCCACAUCAUUUAAUUAUCAAUCUGCUCAUACGCGUCAAGCUAUUGAGGGCGCGACUUUAAAACUUGAGCAAUUUCAACGCCAAGUUCUUGCAAUCAAGCGUGCGUCCACUGCUAUCGGCUCUGUGGACGAGGACUUGCAUGAUCGUAUUCGCUUUGCAUGUUUGCUGCAAGAAGAGAUUGCUACAGCGCUAUCCCGUGUACCUGCUGAUGCUGCCAACUCGCUUAUCAAGCGGAAGCUGUGCAAAGACUUUGAGAGUAUUUCGAAUCAAUUGGAAACUGCCGUGCUACGAGUUUCAGCUCGUGAACAAGAGCAACAACAGGCGCUUAAAGAUCAACAGCACGAUGGUCGUAUUGUAGCCGAACAUCAAGGGAAAGUGUUUGAGUUUGCCGAGCUUGAAAACGAAAUUGCGCACAAUGAGGCGUUGAUCGAAGAACGAGAGCAAGAUAUUAACAAGAUUCAUCAAAGUGUCGCUCAAGUGAAUGAAAUUUUUAGAGAUUUAGCUACAAUUGUACAGGACCAACAAGGAGCUAUCGACGAUAUUGAAACUCAUGUACAUGAGAGCAUGCAACAGACGCAGCAGGGUCUAAACGAGGUUAAAAAAGCAUCUGAUGCGCAAGGAUAUUGUACGCUACAAUAA